CACUCAUAGCUUGCUUUAUCCAACAUACACAGAAUACCGGUGUUGCCAUUGCCAUUGCAGCUAUUUCCAUCUUCCCUAUCACCCAUGUCUCUUAUUUUGGGAAGUAGUCACUCAGAUGUUCCUACCAAGAAUCAUGUGGAAACGAAAGGAAAAAAGAAGAUUGGCCGCUCUUGUGCAAAUUUUCACCCUAGUGUGUGGGGUGAUCGGUUUGUUACAUUGUCUCCUGAUGAGAUUGAGAUUGAUGUACUAACCAAAGAGAGAGCUGAAAAACUAAAGGAACAAUUGAAGAGGAUGCUUCGCAAUGUCAGUGAUUCUUUGCAAGAAUUGAAUUUAAUCAAUGAAAUUCAACGACUCGGGGUUGCCUAUCACUUUGAAAAGGAGAUUAAAGAUGCAUUAUAUAGGAUGUAUGAUGCCCAUAUUAACUGCGAUGAUGUUAGUGAUGAUCUCCAUGCCGUUGCUCUCUGGUUUAGGCUCCUAAGGCAACAAGGGUAUAAUGUGUCAUCUAAUGUGUUUAAAAGGUUUAAAGACGAAAAGGGUGAGUUUAAGGCGACAUUAAAAGAUGACAUCCGAGGAUUGUUAAGCUUGUAUGAAGCCGCAUAUCUUGGCACACGUGAAGAUAAUAUAUUGGAUGAAGCCAUUAAUUUUACCACUGAACACCUUAAGUCGGCAAUGUCACAUUUGAGCUCUCCCCUUUCAACCCUAGUACAGCUUUCCUUAGAUGUACCCCUACACAGGCGUGUUGAGAGGCUACAAUCAAGGUACUACAUCUCAAUCUACCAAGAAGGGAAGGAGCGGAAUGACGUAUUAUUAGAGUUUGCAAAGUUGGAUUUCAAUAUGCUGCAGUGUUUGCACAAGAAGGAACUUAGCCACAUCUCAAGGUGGUGGAAAGAAAAUGACUUUGCAAGAAAGCUUCCAUUCAUUAGAGAUAGAGUGGUGGAAUUGUACUUUUGGAUAGUGGAAGUGUAUUUGGAACCACAGUAUUCCCGAGCAAGAAAGAUGAUGACCAAAUUAAUAUCUUUAAUGUCAAUCUUGGAUGAUACGUAUGACGUAUACGGUACAUUGGAGGAGCUUGAAAUAUAUACUACUGCUAUUGAGAGAUGGGAUCCAGCGGCAAUGGAUCAGUUGCCUGAUUACAUGAAACUACAUUAUAAUGGUCUUCUGAAUACAGUCGAUCAAAUCGAGAACGAAUUGAGCACGGAAGGGAAAUCCUACCGAAUACCCUACGUAAAGAAAGUUAUUACGGAUUUGGCCAAAGGCUACCUAGAAGAAGCGAGAUGGACCAGUGCAGAGUAUGUGCCAACAUUGGAAGAGUAUAUGAAAAUUGCCAUAAUCACUAACGGCUACCCUAUGCUUAGUGUAGCAUCUCUGAUGGGAAUGGGAGAUAUUGUAACGAAGGAGGCCUUUGAGUGGGCCAUUAAUGUACCUAAGGUGGUUGAGGCUAGUGCCGCAAUUUGCCGUCUUAGGGAUGAUAUCACAUCAAAUGAGUUCGAGCAAGAGAGAACACACGUUGCUUCCGGAAUCCAAUGCCACAUGAAGGAGCACGGCACCACAUACGCAGAGGCGUGCAAGAUUUUCCUAGAGAUGACCGCAGAUGCAUGGAAAGAGAUGAACAUGGAAUGCAUGGAACCCGUUCCGGCUCCUAGGGAAGUGAUCAAGCGGCCCCUGAACCUCGCACGUGUGAUCGAACUCUUGUACCAGCACCAGGACUCGUACACCAAUUCAGCAUUCGAGACCAAAGAACAUAUCACAAUGGUGCUAGUGGACCCUAUUCCCAUUUGAAACUAGAGCUUCUACGUUACGUACGGUGCAUUUGGUUGCACCGAGUAUCAUAAAAUAAACGUAUGCUCACAUAUAUUAUAAUGUAUUUCUUGUA